AUGUCAAACAGUUCUCUUCCUUACAGCAACGCGUCUCGGUGGACAAACUACAGCUCAAAUUUCAGGGACAAUUUCCAGUAUUAUUAUAUAGCCACUGUAACGGUGGAUACAAUCUUUACAGUCGCUGGUACACUGAUCAACGUUUGGUUUUUGGCAGCCAUGCUACUAUCUCCAGAAAUCCGCGCACGAAUGCGUAACAAAAUUAUUUGUGGUGUGCUAGUUGUUAAUCUAACAGAGUCUUUGAUACUUUGCCCGAUCACUGCAAUUCGGGCAGCCUCGAUGCUUAUUGGGGUGUAUCACAAAUUUGACUGCUCUUUUCAAACAAUUCACAACAUUAUCUACCAUAUUCAAGACUUUGUCGGCAACUGGUACAUUUUAAUUCUUCUUUGUGUUUAUAUGGUUCAGAUAGUGAACUUUGAACCCAGAUUCACCCCACUGUGGAAGACAAUUUUAACUGGUGUUAUUUUAAUAUCCCCACUAAUAUUUGCAUUAUUGUUUGUUCCGUUAACAAUGAAAAGUUAUUACCUUCGUUAUUCUGAUGACCGCUGUUUGAUAACCACCUACCAGGCGAUUAAAGUCUUCAAAGCUUUGGACACGAUUGUUCCUCAAGCGUUGGCAAGCUUACUGUUGGUAGUGACUGCAGUGUUUAAGUACCGGCGAUAUCCACAAGAACACUCUUUUGACACUCUUCGAGCCCAGCUCAUAGACGACAGAUCUCAGAUCGAUCCCUUGAAACCUUUCAUCGCUCUCCUUGUCACUGCGGUGGUGACUGAUCUGCCCAUGGUUGUUGCCUUCAUGAGUCCACUGCUGUUUAUUAGACUGGGAUUUCAUGUCUGGGUCAGUUUGUAUCUUGUCUUCGGAAUUGUCACCUACCUACGUCUGAUCAUUGUACCCCUUGUGAUGCUGCUGUUUCCAGACAUCAGAGAACGAAUCAAAACCUGGAGACCUUGCGGUCGAUCUGCUCUCAGUGCAGAUUUGGUUGUCACUUAUGAGAAAAAUACUUCUUGA